AUCACACGGCACUAUGGUAUGCAUGCGGAAACGCGAUGGCGGAUAGAAAGAAGCAGCUCGAAGGGAACAAAAUGUGUGCUAAAUCCGUGGAAAACGCCUCAGCUAUGUCUUCCAUCAGUGAGAUAUUUACCUACAGAGACUGUAUAUCCACAAUUUUGAAUCUGCUUUCACAUUUUGGGAGCGAGCUUAAAUUAAAUGAAGCUGUUCUCAAGAUCAAUGUCAGCGUAAACGCACUGGAUGUGCCUUCCAGUCAACCAGCUCACGUGUACAACUGUCUACAGCGGCAUAUUUCAAAACUACAGGCCGUGUCAGAGAGCCUAAAGCCCCAGGUGGUGGACGCGGACUGGCCCUCGCCUGCGACCGCUGCACGCGGCCUUGACAUGUCUGCCGCCAGGGCACCAGUGGGGGACGAAGUCUCGGGCUCUGAGCACAUCCCACCCCGAGGCCCCGGAGAUAUGACAGAAGGAGACGAGGAAGGCAAGUCGCAGGAUGAUGACCUCACGGUUCAGAUCAAAGCCAGUAAAAGCGAGAUUGACAGGAGGAUAUCUGCAUUUAUGGAGCGCAAGCAGCUGGAGAUCAAUGAAAACAAUGUGCGGGAGUUCUGCAACGUGAUCGACUGCAAUCAGGAGAACAGUUGCGCGCGGACUGAAGCAGUGUUCACACCCUACCCUGGCUUUAAGAGCCAUGUGAAAGUCACCCGUGUGGUGAACACUUAUGGGCCGCAGACUCGAGGAGGCCAGAGCCAGGAAGGCCCAGUAGGGUCCAUGGGGCCUGAGAUGGGCCCGCCAAUCAGAACCUGUGGAAACUCGGCCAUCGAGGAGCGCCUCCACAACAUCGAGACCCAUCUCAAGCUCCCGACAGAGGGUCCAGUUCCCCUCAGUGUUUACCAGCGGCUGAAGAAGCUGGAGGAUCGGAUCCUGGAGCUGGAGGGCCUCUCUCCCGAGUAUUUCCAGUCCAACAGUUACCUUCACAAGCGACCGAAGAGGGGGUCUGCUCAGGCCUGCAGUCUGUCUGAGUUGGAAGGGAAAAUCAGCGCGGUGAAGGCGGCAUUACUGAAGAGAGUGACUGAGUUUGGACCUGGAUAUGGAGCUGAAUGUUCUCUCUGAUCCAUCACUCUCCGUCUCUUUGCCUCUUUCUUCCUGACUCUCUUUUUCUCUGCCUCUCUUUCUCUGCCUUUCGCUCUUACUGACUCUUUCUCUCAUUGCCCCGCUUUAUUUUUCUCUGCCGUUCUUUCUCUGACGCUAUCUCUCUGCCUUUCUCGCUGCCUCUUUCUCAGCCUCUCUCUCUUUUACACACACACACACGCACAUACAUACACACUCUCAUCAUGGUAGAACAUCCAUGUCUGUCAGUACUGUAACAUCUGUAAACCUAUGAGGGAAAAUUUCAACAUUAGCCUGUUUGAUUAUAUUAAUUUGCAGAUUAACAUUGUAUUUUUUCCCCUAUCAUCCAGUGCAUAUUUCAUUGUGAAGUGGAAUAGGAUUGGUUUUGUAAAUAAAUAUUUUUUUCACAGCCAAA